AUGGCCGACGACAGCUAUCGAAAAGAGUAUCCCCAGCAGAGCCGCCCAGAAGACACUCACUCUCGACCCCAGUCACAUUAUCCCCCUCCGCCAGAUACCACCCAGCGGCCCUCCGACGCACCUCCAUCCAGUAUGGCUACAUCAGUUACUUUACCCUCUAUCCACGACUCCCGCAGCUACGGCCCGCCGCCUGCAGCUCCGGGACGUGGCUAUCCUGCCGACCCGCGAUACGCAUCGCCCAAUGCCGUCAAUGGCUACCCUCCUCCCGGUCAUCAGCCUCCGCCCGGACAACCUCAACAGUACCUUCCGCCUUUGCAGCCGCAAUCUGAUCCCCGAUCUUCAGCCUAUCCUCCUCCGCCGCCGGACCAACGUGGUUACUAUGAUGACCGCCGUCCACCAUACGGGCAAGAGGCGUAUAGCACGGAACCCUACUAUGCCUACUACCGUGGACAGCCUCCUCCUCCAGGACCUCCACCGCCAAAUGGCCACCCAGGCUACCGUCACAUUCCCGCCGGCGUUUAUGAAUACCCAAUCCGCUGCAGCGGCUACCAGAGCGCCCCCGGUGGCAAAUGCCAGAAUUGCGCCCGUAUGAACCAAGAAUGUAUCUUUCAGCCCGUAUCUUCUUCAAGCUCGACAGCUUUUAUCCCCGUGUCAGCGCUCCCAGGAGGUGUACCCCCGGGCACUCAACUGUUUGGUGCCUAUGGGCAACCACUGGCCCCAGGCACAGUCCCAGCACCUCCACCACCCCAUGCUGCCUAUCAGCAUGCCAGUGCUCCUCCCCCUCCUGGAAACUACUACGCGCCUGUCCAGUCACCUACAGAAUCCUUUUCGUCUUAUGGCGAAGCGAGAACCGAUGACGGCAGUCAACUUGCAGGGCGACGACGUCGCAGGACGUCAGAAGAACAGGAUGAAGGCUAUAGACUGCCUCCUCCGCGAAGUGCCGUGGAUGAAGACCCGCGCAGAAGAUCUCCAGCAGAAUUUUCAAACCACAGCAGCCCAGGUGGAGUGGGGUACCCUCCGUAUCAAGGUGCAAGACAGAGCCCACGAAACCCAACGAGCGGAAGUUUGCCUCAAGCUGCAACAGCUGGUAGUUAUGUAGCUUCCGCACCUGGCGGUCGUUCCCCGACAGGCCAAAAUGGGUCAAGUGGUGCGUCCACCCCUGCGAGACAGGGACAGCAGUCCCAAGGAGGAAAUGCAUCGAUCAUGAGUCUGAGCAAUCUGGUAGAUAAAAGCGAUAUCGACAAGACUAUGAUUGAAAGGCUCAACCGACCUGCACCAGGCCAACCUGGCGCACGACGAGAUGUCAGCCGCUGA